CUCCCUCCUUCCUUCUCUUCCUCCUCCCAAUUUUCCUAACAAAACUGAAUUAAUCGCCUAAAUCUCGUUUUUCUUCAUCGAACCCUAAGUUUUUUCUUCUUAUUUUUUUCCCCAAUUGCAUGAACCAAUCAAACACGCUUCCAAACAUUCCUGAUCUGGUUCAUGAAAAUUUCUUAAAUCGAACAAUAAGAAAAAACUCAGGGUGAGAUCAUUUUUUUUUUUUAUGUUCAUUCAAUUCCCGAUCUGUUUGUCACAGUGUGCCUACCUGCCAAUUGCCAUUGUGACAUUUCGCAUUCAGUGCAUUGAAGGACAUCUCAAAAUCUGCUCAGUUUUCGUUUCACCAAUACCGAGAUGAUAAAGCUCCCCUUGUCUCUAUUCGGAUUCAGAGCGUUGGCAUUACUUGCUUGGUGAUCCGUGGAAGUCCGUUGUUAUUUGGAACUUGGAUCGAAGUUGAGCUGUUGGGUAUCUGUGGGGUCUCCCCUCGCUUCUCCCUCUCUCCCAUUAAGGGGAGGAGCUUCAAUUUCACAUUGCAUUGUGUGGAAUGUGAAUACAUUGGAAACCCACCAUCAAUUUUGGGAUUAGAGGGAUUCUAGAUUCUGGGUUUUUGAUUAAGUAGUGGUGUUUGCCUGAAGCUGCAUUUGGGAGAUGGGAAUUUUGGUUUGAUUGACAGUAUUUGUUCAUGGUGGUUAGAAGUGGGGUGAAGUGUAUACAUAAUUCUCCAAUGACCCCAUUGGAGAAUUAUAUAUGACUUCUGGGCAGCCAUUGCUAUCCUUAUCUGAUUCUUCAUCAGCACCAGUGAUUCACUCCUCUUCUCUCACUAAGAACCUUGCCCGUCUCUGCUCCAAUGCUUCCUUUUCUUCUUCCAGUCUUGACAACAAUGACGAUGCUCAAAGUGAUCUAUUUGAAGUAAAGGACAACGCUGUCGUUUCUGGUUGCUCUGAGAAACCCUUUGAAAAUUUCAGUACUCCUGCAGCAGCAACGCAGUUUCAUCCAGCCGGGUCUCAGUUAUUUCCGCGGUUUCCGUUGGAAAACCCCACGCGGGAUAGAACACGCCUGGUGUCGUGGGGUGCCAUGGAACUGCAUAAUGCCAAUACAAAUUCAGGAACUCUUGAAAUCUCCCAGGCUCCAUCCAGGGUUCAGGAAAAGUUGUGUCAGAGGAUCCGCCACAAAAGUGUGCAGUUUGAUGAUAACCUGCUACAUGAUGACAAUCCAAGGUUAAUCUAUAUUAAUGAUCCGAAGAGGACAAAUGACAAAUAUGAGUUCACUGGGAACGAGAUUCGAACUAGCAAGUACACCAUCAUUACCUUCUUGCCCAAGAAUCUUUUCAUUCAGUUUCACCGGGUUGCGUAUUUGUAUUUUCUAGCUAUUGCUGCUCUGAACCAGCUUCCACCUCUAGCAGUCUUUGGAAGAACAGUGUCUCUUUUUCCCCUUCUGUUUGUGCUCUGUGUCACAGCUAUCAAAGAUGGCUAUGAAGAUUGGCGCAGGCAUAGAUCAGACAGGAAUGAGAAUAACCGGGAGGCUCUAGUGUUUCAAUCUGGCCAAUUUCAACCAAAGAAAUGGAAACAUAUUCAAGUGGGUGAGGUUCUGAAGAUUUGUGCUGAUGACACAAUUCCUUGUGACGUGGUCUUGUUAGGGACAAGUGACCCUAGUGGAAUUGCCUAUAUUCAAACAAUGAAUUUGGAUGGUGAGUCGAACUUGAAAACAAGGUAUGCUCGGCAGGAAACAACUUCAGCAGUAUCUGAAGGGUGUACAUUUUCGGGGCUCAUCAGAUGUGAACAACCGAAUCGGAAUAUCUAUGAGUUCACGGCCAAUAUGGAGUUUAAUGGGCAUAAAUUUCCGCUAAGCCAAUCGAACAUAGUUUUGCGUGGCUGCCAGUUGAAGAACACCGGCUGGAUAAUUGGUGUUGUGGUAUAUGCCGGACAGGAAACAAAGGCAAUGCUGAAUAGUGCAGCUUCUCCUUCCAAGAGAAGCAAACUGGAAAGCUACAUGAACAGGGAAACCUUUUGGCUGUCAAUUUUCCUAUUUAUUAUGUGUGCAGUUGUGGCCACUGGCAUGGGCCUGUGGCUCAUACACCAUAAACAUCAGAUUGAUACCUUGGCUUAUUACAGGAAAAGAUACUACUUAUCUGGGAGGGAUAAUGGAAAAACCUUUAGAUUCUAUGGAAUUCCUAUGGAGAUUUUUUUUUCCUUUUUGAGUUCUAUCAUAGUGUUUCAGAUAAUGAUACCAAUCUCUCUGUAUAUUACUAUGGAAUUGGUUCGUUUGGGCCAGUCAUAUUUCAUGAUUGAAGAUAGGCAUAUGUUUGACAGUAGCUCUGGCUCAAGGUUCCAGUGCAGGUCCUUGAAUAUAAAUGAGGAUUUGGGUCAAAUACGAUAUAUAUUUUCAGACAAAACAGGGACACUUACUGAAAACAAAAUGGAAUUCAGAAGAGCAAGCAUAUUUGGGAGGAAUUUUGGGACCACUUUGCAGGAAGAGAAUGAUGCAGGAGUAGGUUUAGGUAGAAAGAGAUGGAAGCUUAAAAGCGAAAUUGCUGUAGAUCAUGAGCUCAUGGAGUUUUUGCACAAAGACUUAAGUGGAGAUGACAGGAUUGCUGCACAUGAGUUUUUCCUUACAUUGGCUGCUUGUAAUACUGUGGUUCCGAUUGUCAGUAAUGGUACAUCUUCCAUUUCUGCAAAAAGUGAAUUAGAUGAUGUAGAAGCUAUUGACUAUCAGGGGGAAUCUCCAGAUGAGCAAGCACUAGUUUCUGCAGCCUCUGCUUAUGGAUAUACGCUUUUUGAGCGCACAUCUGGGCAUAUUGUUAUUGACGUCAAUGGUGAGAAACUAAGGUUGGAUGUAUUGGGUCUGCAUGAGUUUGAUAGCGUGCGGAAACGGAUGUCUGUUGUUAUCAGAUUUCCGAACAAUGCUGUAAAGGUGUUGGUGAAAGGUGCCGAUACUACUAUGUUCAGCACUUUAACAAAUGACUCUGAAAGGGAUGAUGAUGUGAAGCAUUCAACUCAGAGCCAUCUGAGUGAGUAUUCCUCACAAGGUUUACGUACUCUUGUAGUUGCUGCCAGGGAUCUUACAGAUGAAGAACUUCAGCAGUGGCAAUGCAUGUAUGAAGAUGCAAGUACCUCGUUGACUGAUCGAUCCUUGAAGUUACGUCAAACGGCAGCUACCAUAGAAUGCAACUUAAAGCUGCUGGGGGCGACUGCAAUUGAGGAUAAGCUACAAGAUGGUGUGCCAGAAGCUAUUGAGUCCCUCAGGCAAGCAGGAAUCAAGGUCUGGGUUCUGACUGGAGAUAAGCAAGAGACUGCCAUUUCGAUUGGUCUAUCAUGCAAACUCUUGACAGCAGAUAUGCAACAAAUUAUCAUAAAUGGAAAUUCUGAGGAUGAGUGCAGAAAUCUUUUGACUGAUUCUAUGCUAAAAUAUGGUGUGACAUCAUCCAAUACAAGAGAUCAGAGUUUCAAAUUGAAAAAGAAUGCUGAAAAUGGCUAUCUUGAGAUACCUGGGAAUGCAAAGACAUCCAGUGUGCCUCAAUGGAAUGCAGGGAAGGAAGAAGAAACGAUAAUUGCACCCUUAGCACUCAUAAUAGAUGGGAACAGUUUGGUGUACAUUUUGGAGAAGGAUUUGGAGUCAGAGCUUUUCGACCUUGCCACUUCCUGUAGUGUUGUGUUAUGCUGUCGUGUUGCACCUUUGCAGAAAGCUGGAAUUGUUGAUCUAAUUAAGACCCGUACUGAUGAUAUGACACUGGCUAUAGGUGAUGGGGCAAAUGAUGUUUCAAUGAUUCAAAUGGCGGAUGUUGGAGUUGGAAUUUGUGGUCAGGAGGGUCGUCAAGCUGUGAUGGCAUCAGACUUUGCUAUGGGACAGUUUCGGUUUUUGAAAAGAUUACUUCUGGUCCAUGGACACUGGAAUUAUCAGCGUGUUGGCUAUAUGGUUCUGUACAACUUCUACCGCAAUGCAGUUUUUGUAAUGAUGCUAUUUUGGUAUAUAUUAUCAACAGCUUUUUCAACAACUUCUGCGUUAACAGAUUGGAGUAGUGUUUUCUAUUCUGUAAUUUAUACUUCUCUACCUACCAUUGUGGUUGGUAUACUGGACAAAGAUCUGAGCCACAGGACACUGUUACAAUAUCCGAAACUCUAUGGUGCGGGCCAUAGACAUGAGGCAUACAAUUUACAUCUCUUCUGGAUCACAAUGCUUGACACGCUAUGGCAGAGUCUUGUUCUAUUCUAUGUACCCCUCUUCACCUAUAAGGAUAGCUCAAUCGAUAUAUGGAGCAUGGGCAGUUUGUGGACAAUAGCCGUUGUUGUCCUUGUGAAUGUACAUUUGGCUAUGGACAUUCAUCGUUGGGUAUUUAUCACUCAUAUUGCAGUAUGGGGAUCAAUAGUUAUCACAUAUGCCUGUAUGGUGGUAUUGGAUUCCAUACCUGUUUUUCCUAAUUACUGGACUAUAUACCAUAUGGCAAAGUCUCCCACAUAUUGGAUCGCCAUUUUGCUUAUAACAGUUGUAGCGUUGCUCCCUCGUUUUGUAUUGAAAGUUGUGCAUCAAAUUUUUUGGCCUUCAGAUAUCCAGAUAGCUAGAGAAGCGGAGAUAUUAAGUAGACAACAUAAACAUUUGAGCUCAAAGCAAGAUGAAGGUUCAAGUUGACAUGUAUAUUACCGGCUUUCAGAAAAAAUUUCAUUCUGAGAUGGGUUCCCUUUUGUUUGUCCAUUGUAUGGGUUUCCGGUGGAACACAGCUACAAAAUUUAAAAGAGGAGUUGCACUAGUCGACUACACAUGAAACAGAAUGUUGGUAUUUGACAACAAAGUGGAGUAGCCCGUUAAAGGAUAAGAAGAGGGGAAGGUCACUCGGUUACCAGAAACUCAUUUGAUAACUCUAGUCGGGAAGGAAAAUCAGGUGGAAGAAAAAGAAAGAAGAAAGCCCAGAGUUGAGGAAUCUCAAGCAGUUUGUUUGAGUCUUUUAGGUGCUGGGCAUCGACAAUAGCCAAAAUGAGAGGGUUAUGUUCAUAGCUUUGUCAUACGAUGUGGUAGUCCAUAGAGAGUGGAAGCAUAAAGGAGAGAGAUUGCGAGGGAGGAAAAAAAGAAGAAAAGGACAGAAACACCAGAGUAUAUAAUAGAUUUAUGUAGAGAGAUCAGGUCUGCAAGUUUUUUUUUAACAGCUUACAUAUAAAAUGAUAAAAGAAAAUUACAUGUUCUUCAUCUUUC